ACUUUCGUUGUUGUUGUUUUUAUCUCGCAGCCUGACAGUUCUGGGCUGAGUUUUAGUGUUGCUGUUUCGGUUUUCAGUUUUCUGCUCUCUGUUUUCGUUGUGUCCGCCAGAGCAGCAUUUACCCUCGACAAGGCUGGUUGUUUUGUUCGGCUCUUGAAAUUUCCAAAUUUCGCACACAGUUCGUAUACAUUAUAUUUCUCUUUUUCCGUCGCGUUCUUCGUCGUCUUUCGAGUGUGUGUUUUUGUUAUUGCUGUGCUGUCAUUUUCGGGUGGUACGGUACUUUUUGUAUAUUUAACAAACGUUACAAUUAUUUUUUUUAACGUGUGUUGCUAACAGUGUACUUUUACUCAAAUAACAAAGUCAAACAAAUAAAGCAUGUUAUAAAGAGAGAACACACAAGAAAACAAAAAUAAAUAAAGAGGCAAGGUUUUGUUGUUGUCGCGCAGCAUGUGGAGUAAUAGUUAACUGUAACAGUUAACGGGGGAUACCAAGGAGGAGGAGAAGGAGGCAGUGGAGAAGCAAAAAGAGAGAGGGAGAGGAUUUACCGCUACGCUUCACUAAAUGCAGUCGACGCUGCGAUUAUUAUGUGCCAGCCCCAACAACAAAAACAAUAACACUUGAUACGAAAAUAAACAAACAAAAUCAAUCAAUUAAUCAAUCUGCUGAGCACACCGCUCUCCACGCCCACACACACACGGCAAAACACACCCAAACACACACAACACACACGAGUCAACGCCCACGCCCAUUUGAGAAAAAGGUGGGAGUGGCAGGACGAGAAAGGAGGCAAAAGGAGGAGAAAAGAGGAAAAAGGAGGAAAAAGGAGGAGAAGAACCAGGCAACAUGUUCCACUCACUUGUUUUGAUGGCCUGCGCCCUUGCCGCCCUCUCUGUCGCCCAGGAGGCGGGGCCAGCUCGAUCGAAAUCAUUAUCGCUUUCGGCAUCGGUAUCGGUAUCGAGUCCAGGAGCAGACCCAACAUCCCCCUCCCCCUUCGCCAGUAAACAGCUGAACAGAUGCCGUCAAAGUUGCAAUCAGCAGCUUUCCAAGGACUGGCAUUAUUGUAAGGAUUCCGUUGAUUGCACAAACUGCUGCGAAAAGCUGGUGGCCCCGUUCGAGCUGAGGAUCCUGAAGGCCCAGCGCCAGGAGUCGCUCGUCCUCACGGACAUCGGCUGGGAUGAGAUGAUUGCGAACGCCUCGCGCCAGUGCCUGAUCACCUGGGAAGUGUCCGGCGGCGGCCUCAUCGGCAAUCUGGUCACGGACACCGCCCGGGCGGAACUCUCCUUGUGGCCAGACACCGUCUACAACAUCCAGGUCAAGUGCAAGCACAAGCUCACGGGUCUGGUGCGGCGUUCGAUCAAACUCAAUGUAAACACUAGUCGGUUGGUGGGCACGACAACGACCACGACCACGACCACUCCAAGCACUACAAGGACCCAGGGGCAAUCAUCGCAGUCCGUGGACCACACAGAUCUCUUGGAGCACUCGCAGCGUAUUCACGUCCGACCUACGGAUCGGGUGUAUAUAACUAGUGCACUGCCCACGCCCAGCAAACUGGGCGGAGUUGUUUAUCCGGCCUUCGGGGCCCUGGCCUUCUUCCUGGCCCUGCUGGUCAUGUUCCUCUUCCUGCGUCCGCAGCGCAAGCGAUUCCCUCUGGAUGCGGACAGUGCGGACACGGCCACGUUGAUAGGUCGGAACUCGUGCUCCAGGAACUCACUGGACGCCUCCACCCUGCAUGUCUAAGGCGGCGUACCCGGAGAACUUGUAGUCGUAUAUAUAUAGAUGUCUGACUAUGUGAUAUUCUGCACCCCAAAAAGCAAAAGGAAGCGAAGACAACUGUGUACAUACCCCUCACCGCGUUAGUUAGCCCCUUCCUCCCCCCUCCCCCAGAAAAAAAAAGAAUACCCUAUCUAGCGGUUCGAUAAGAUAGAUCAGAUCAAUUGGAAUCGGAACGGAUCGGAUCUAAAAGUCAAGCAACUUUCGCUCAACUAAGUUUAAGUUUUAUCCUCUGCCAUUCGUAGAUCCCAAUGCCAAACCAGCGCAGUCAUAUAUACACGCAUGAUUAACAUACAUACAUAGCUCUAUAUACAUAUACCAACUAUAUUAUACACUUAACGCAUUUACUAUAUAUAUAUCAUAGUUAUACAAGCAGACGCAACUAAAGAUACAAGUGCAGAUCAAGAUAAAGAUACAGAUACAGAUACGUUUACGGUUACGGAUAUAAAUAUAUAUUAUAUUAUUAUAUUAUAUAUUAUAUUAAAUUAUAUUAUAGACUAGGGGCCAGCGGCCAACCAACUACAUACACCAAACUAAAUGCAACAAAUUGCUACAAAUUUUUUGUCAAUCGUCGUCGCUCGCUUGCAAACAUACAAACAAAAAAAAAACAUUUGUUUUUAUCUCAGGUUAAAAACAAAUAAAAACAAAUUAAUACAAAUACAAAAUAUCAUGCAUCUCUUUUCCAUUUUUCGUCGUCUUUAAACUUAAAUGAAACAUAGUACAUAAAAAGGAAAACAAAACAAAAAUAAAUGAAAUAACAACUUAACAAGAAAUACAACUUAAAUCAAAAGUAAAUAUUUUUCAAAAUUUUUAAAUGUUUAUACCUAGACAAACUCAAUUGAAUUAACAUCAAAGUAAACUAUUAUAAAUGACUUACUGUACUUGAGCAUGUAAAAAACAAAGUAACAAAGUAACUAACUGAACUAAACUAUGGUUAAUACGGUUAAUUAAAAAUCUAAGCUGAGAAAACUUCGCUACGCAAAAUGCCUGUAAAUAUUAUAGCCCUAAUUUAUUUAAAUUUAAUCCAUUGUUUUGUUAACCUAUGAUUUUAAGGAGACCCCAAAAAAUAGAAGGUUUUCCAGGGGGAAGAUGGUUUUGAAAUUUACAGGAAUGUAAAAGGAGUUUUUACUAUACAAAAGAAAGAACAACUUAAUAUGAUUAAUGGAGUGUUCGUGUUUUUGAUUUUUCUUAAAGGGAAAAAAGUAUGUAUGUUUUUAAUAUCGGCUCCGAUGGUUGUAGUAAUAAAUUAGUAAAUUUCAGUGAAAUAUAUCAAGUUAAAAGAACUUCCUAUCCAAUUUAAUAAAACCAAUCUUCCCUCAAUGGAACCUCUGGAGUGAGAACUUUUUGGAGUCUAAACUCAUUGCCAUAUAAUACAGUCCUAGUUUAAUUUUAGUUUAGUGAUCCAAUUGUGUUACCUCUUUUUUUUGUGGCAGAGACUCGUUAAGACUAAAUACGAAAUAUGCCAAUCACAUUUUAGAUAUAUGCUGUGUAUGAAUAAAUUCGGAUGAGAAGGAUGGAAGCGGAAGUGCGGUACCCUUUCAACAUUUAUCCUUUAUUCGUUUAUUAUGUAAAUAUAAUUUGAUUUGUUAUUGCAGCUCAUUUUUGGCUACUUUUAUUUGUUACGGGUUGGCAUGGGAAUACAUAUACACAUACCCCCCUCCAUAUAAUCAAAAAACUAAGGCAUCGAUUUUUGUGCCCCCCGUUCCUGUCUUCUCUGUUUUCCCCGAGUUUCUCCCUGUCGUCCUCCCACUUAUCAUAUAAAUUAGAGUUGGGAUAUGCAAAUGCAUUCAAGAAGACGGGGGGUUGAUUGUGUAAGGGGUCGUGUCGAUUAUGAGAAACUUCUUUGGCUAGAUGAAAUGGAAAAAUUCCUUUGCCGCAGCCGGAAAAGUAUUCUCUAAAGAAUUUCCGAUUAAACUUUUCCUUUCUUCAUCUCUUUGGCAAAAAACUCUCUUUUUGGCUUUCAAACUUUUUCGUUCGACCGUCUCUCGUUGUUUUUUUUUUUAUUUUUAAUUUCUUGCCGUUUUUUAAUUUAAUUUUUUUUGUUUUCUUAUUCUUUUUUUGGAUUAGCAAAGGGGGUUGGCUUUGGUGGCCACUUGGCUGCCAUUAGAUCCGAUCCCCUUAACCCUCUGCUGCCCCAUCAUCCCCCUUUUUGUUCAGCUGUUGUUCGCUCGGCCACUUCAGCUUUCCCCCCACUCUACAUUCUCAAGCACUUUUUAUAAACCAAAUUAAAUUUAUAUGCCCCUACAGCUCCCGGGCCCCUCCCCCCGCAUCUUAACCCCUGCUCGCCGAUGUCUGUGUUGUUUUUUUGUGGGCCAAGCCAAUCCCAGGCUCUCGACGCUGUCAACUGCCAAUUAGCUGAGCAUUUUUCAACAUUUUAAAUUGUCUUCGCAGAGUGCGUGGUGCAGUCCCCUUUCCAAGGGGCUUUAGUGGGUUAAAAGGGGGAAGGAGGGGAGCGGUAUUAGGUCCGGGCGACACUUGAGUGAGACGUCCAAGCGAUUUUGCUUUUAUAACCCCAAUACCCAUUAUGGAAAAGGGCAUGUCCACUAAAUACCCUUUACUAGUGUGAUUACUCCAUUAGGUCUUCAUCACUCUACACACACGUAGCGGUCAUCAUUUCUUCAUUCUUUUUUGAUAACUAUUUGUAUGGUUGUUUAGGAUUUACUGCACUUCAAAUUCCAUUCCUUCAUAAAUAACUACUCAACUAAAAUCUUCCAAAUAAAUACAUAUAAAUAUAGAAUAUUCUUAAAAUAAAAAAAUAAAGAAUACAACUAAGUGUGGACUGAAAAACGUGUUAAACUUUGAUUCCUUUAAAGGUACAUUUUAAUCUUUUCCUAUUUUUUAUAUCACUUAUUUCUGAAUGUUUUCAAAUAAAUGUAAAAAAAAUAUCAAACUAGGUGUAUGUAUUUAUAUCCAAUACAAAUGUUAAAUGAUAAAGAACAUUUUGAACUUAUAAAAAAACAAAGAAUACUUAACCAAAUAAACUUCUUCCUGAUAAGCUAAGCAUAAUUAUAAAAAUAUCGGAUAUACGGAUUAAUAUAACAUAUUUAGUUAUUUUUUCCUUUUCCUGAUAAAAUGAUUUGAAAUAAAGGAAAGGAAAACAUAGACUUCCAAAAAAAACAUUACAAUAAAACGUUUCUCAAGUUUGCGAUUAAUUGACUAAUUUUAAGCUUUAUUUUGAUUUUAUUUUGAAACUUUUUAUAAAAAAUAUUUAAAAUAAAAAUUUGCCAAUUCAAAUAAUGUUGAAUAUUGUUUUCAGCUAAGAAAAAAAAAAAUUUCAAAUGUUAACAAAUAGUUACUAAGGUACUUCAUAUAAAAUAUUUUUAAUUCCAAAUCCUUUGUUCUUUUGUAAUAAUUGAAAUUCAAUUCAAGUGAAAUGCAAUCUCAAAUUGGAAACCACUUGUUUUUAACCAGAAGUUGGAUUUCCAAUUGCUUUUGAUUUUAGCGGAAAAAAAGAGAGGGUAAUUCUGGUGCGGUAUCUAUAUCUUGCAUUCCCGCUCUAUGUUUGUUUUAGUUGUUGCCUCUCGUUGCUUUUGUUGUUCGGCUGUCAGUUGUGCAGCGCGUGCUUCAUUUAUCAAAAAGCAAUUACAAUGUUAUUUCGAUAAAGAUGCUCCAAUGCUCCCCAUGGACACGCCCACAGUCACGCCCACGCCCCAAAAGACACACACCCAAACAAACAGACACAAAAGAAAUUCGGCGGGAGAGCGGGAGAGAGAUGGAAAAAAGAGAGGGCCCACCUGCCAAAUCCAAAUCAUUUGCCAAAUUCCACCUCUCCUCCCACUUAACCCUUAGCCGUGCCCCUAAGCUUCACUCCCACUCCAAUUUCCACUCCCAACCCUAACCCCUAACCCGGUCCCACCCCGUUUAGCUUUUUGAUUUUUAUUUUGUAAUAUAAAUUACCAAACAAGCAAAAAAAAAACCCAAAAACGCUAAGAAAACAAAAGCAACUACAGUUGUUGUCAAAAUAAUAGCAGUAGGCUCUUGAAAAAUUAAACAAAUAACCAAAGGCGGUUGAUUUUUAAUCAGGGCAAAGCUCAAAGUAAACUUCAAACAAUUUAAGAACCGUUUUCCGGUUUUUUCUUGUCAUUUAUAAAAUAAACAAAAUUAAAUCAAAGUUAGAUUUUUAAAGAUUGAUGAGUAUUUACUAACAAAAAAAUGGAAAAAGCAUUUUUAAAAUCUUAAUUUAACUAAGUUAACACUGGUAACCACUACUAUUUUGACAACAGCUGUACAUAUAUAGAGUACCUACAAACAUAUUGUAUUACAACACGAUGGAAAUGAAAAAAAGGAAGUAAAAACAACAAAAAUUAUUAAUUCUAAGUAGACAAAAGAAAGAAGUGGACGAAGAUGAAGGAGAUGGAGAAGCAGAUGAAGCGCAAAGCAAACCAAAUAAAAUUAGACUACGACUAAAAGGCAAACGAGAAGAGAACAGAA